GGCCGCUCGCGGGCCGGUCUGCGGUGUGGGCCUCGGCUGUGGCUGCGGCGGCGGCGACGGCGGCGGCGGCGGCGGCGGCGGGGGAAGAUGCUGCAGUCCCUGGCCGGCAGCUCGUGCGUGCGCCUGGUGGAGCGGCACCGCUCCGCCUGGUGCUUCGCCUUCCUGGUGCUCGGUUACCUGCUCUACCUGGUCUUCGGCGCCGUGGUCUUCUCAUCGGUGGAGCUGCCCUACGAGGACCUGCUGCGCCAGGAGCUGCGCAAGCUGAAGCGGCGCUUCCUGGAGGAGCACGAGUGCCUGUCGGAGCAGCAGCUCGAGCAGUUCCUGGGCCGCGUGCUGGAGGCCAGCAACUACGGCGUGUCGGUGCUCAGCAACGCCUCGGGCAACUGGAACUGGGACUUCACGUCCGCGCUCUUCUUCGCCAGCACCGUGCUCUCCACCACAGGUUAUGGCCACACCGUGCCCCUGUCAGACGGAGGAAAGGCCUUCUGCAUCAUCUACUCGGUCAUCGGCAUUCCAUUCACCCUCCUGUUCCUGACGGCCGUGGUCCAGCGUGUCACCAUCCAUGUCACCCGAAGGCCCAUCCUCUACUUCCACGUGCGCUGGGGCUUCUCCAAGCAGGUGGUGGCCAUCGUCCACGCCGUUCUCCUCGGCUUCGUCACCGUGUCCUGCUUCUUCUUCAUCCCGGCAGCCGUGUUCUCCAUCCUGGAGGAUGACUGGAACUUCCUCGAGUCCUUCUAUUUUUGCUUCAUUUCCCUGAGCACCAUCGGCCUAGGGGAUUACGUUCCUGGAGAAGGCUACAACCAAAAAUUCAGAGAGCUCUAUAAGAUUGGGAUCACGUGUUACCUCCUCCUUGGCCUCAUUGCCAUGUUGGUGGUUCUGGAAACCUUCUGUGAGCUGCACGAGCUGAAAAAAUUCAGAAAAAUGUUCUACGUGAAGAAGGACAAAGACGAAGAUCGCGUCCACAUCAUAGAGCAUGACCAGCUGUCCUUCUCAUCCAUCGCCGACCAGGCGGCCGGCCCGAAGGAGGAUCGGAAGCAGAACGAGCCUUUUGUGGGCCCGCAGUCCUCAGCCCACCCCGAUGCCUCCGCGGGCAACUGAGGGCUCUGCCACCUUGUCCCCAGAGCACCAGGGUCAGGGCGGGGAGAAAGAGCCUUUGUCUUGUUUAUUUGUAGGAGAAUGUAGAAGCCAAGAUGAUCUUUUAACAAAUAUCUACUGUUUGAAAUAUUUACCAAAAAAAAAAAAAAAACCACCACAAAAAAACCCCACAAAAUAAUGGAACAAAGCAAGCUUUUACUCGGGAGGAGGAAAUGAGACAUGUACCUAUAAUUCACAUGUGACAAAAUUACCUAGACUUUACAAAUAGGUAAGGAAUACUUGAAGAAGGGUGCUGCUGGGGCUAGAAGCAGAUUUUAUACUUUUGAUUGGGGACUUUGGGAUUUGCAUUUAAAUCAUUUUAGCUGAUGGCUAAAUAGCAACAUUUAUAUUUAAGGGCCAAAACAAGUAAAAGAGAGAGGCAUAGAGACGUGUUUUAUAAAUAAGUUUAUGUGUACCUGUUUGCAUGUGCCCAUCCCAAAUCAUUAUUUUUGUAGACUCUAACUUAAACCUACUAUUUAUAAUGAAUAGGCAACCAUUAACUGUGUACAUACAAGUAUAAAUAUGUUUAUAUCUUGUACAUAUGGUUUAGUCACCAGAUCUUAGCAUCCUUCUUAACCCAAGAUUGUAGAUAUUUUUCCUUUUGAUUUCUCUUUGUACUAAAGAAUUGAAGAAUUGCUACAAUAAAAUAAGGGAAAUAAUACACUUAAGAGUGAGUUACUAUGGUAUUCUGCUACAGGAAAUGUUUCUACCUUUUGUAAGAGUAUGAUAUCAGGUGUCACAAAUGUUUGUAAGCCUUUCUCUGGAAGGGAACAGCUAAUGGAGAACACAGUUUGUAAAAGAAGUUAUUUUGUUUUGCAUUUUGCAAGUGCAUUGUGAUUUGUAGUCACCUGGUCUACACAGCCCAGGACGUGAACCGAGAAACCCCGAAUGAACAGAUUCUGUCAAAUUAAUCAGAGGGUUUUUAAAUUUACAAGCUGAAAUCAAUAAAAGUCAUAGCUGGUUGCAA